CAUUUAGUUAAUUAAGAAUUCACAUCAUCUUCGACCUCCUUUAUCCAAGAACAACCUUGGAGAAAACCAAAGAAGCCUUCAAAUGGAAACCAAGAAUGAAGAAACCUUCAAGCUGUAUUAUGGUGAUUUUGAGCCCUGUUGCCAGUGGAAAAAGGAUGAACAUGAGAUACUUGAGAUCCAUCUACGAGGAUUCAAAAAACAACACCUGAGGGUCCAAGUAGAGGAACCUGGUGUUGUGAAAAUUACUGGAGAGCGACCUAUAGAUGGUACUCUCCGGAGCCGCUUUAGCAAGCAAAUCAAGAUCCCAAAGACUUGUAAAACAGAUGAAAUUCGGGCUAAGUUAUCUGGUGAUAUUCUUCAAAUAAUAGUGCCUAAGCAAACAACUGCAUUUCCUGCAAAACCAGGCAGCACUGAAAGUAUUACAAGAAGUGAAAGUAUGCCAUCAAAUUACUUGUUAUACAUAGAGAGUUCAAGUUCGACACUAGAGAUGACUACCAAGUUAGCUCUACAAGUUGCAGGAGUGCUUGCUGUGGUAGUGGCUUUUGGAGCUUAUGCUUACAAGUACUGUCAUUGUGGUCAUGUUGAAGGCUAAUUGUAUUAUAAAAUAUACUUCUAGCCCAGAUUCUUCUAUCUUCUGAAUCUGAAAUAUUGAAAGCUAAUUGAUCCAUAAUAUAUCCUUUUAGGUACCAUUAUAUUGUUA